UUUCAGCAGCUCGUUUUGCAAUCUUCUAGCCGAAUUUCCACUUUUUGAAGCAGAAAAUAAUGUUUUAAUUGUUUGUGCUUGUGCGAAAAUUUGCGAGACACUACAAUGGCACAACUAUUGCGUGGAAAACACAGCAUUAACCUGCGAUUCCGAUAUAAACGACCUGUGACAUACACCGUAAGCAAUGUAAACUUUUCUGGUUUUACAUUCGGUGGCGAUGGCAGUGGCCCAAACCGUCAAAACUUCUACCGCAAGCAACAUGAAUUUCUUCGGAGACCCGGAUUCGGCGGUCACCAGUAUUAUCAAUCGUCCCGAGGAUAUGGCAUGUUAGUUGGCCGAGUGCUGCGAGGUGUGCUCAAGCUGCGUUACCUUCUGCUGGGUGGUGCAAUUGGGGGAGGAGUUACUCUGAACAAACGGUACGAGGAAUGGAAAGAUGGAUUGCCGGAUAUGAAAUGGUUGGAUGAGGUACUACCCGAUAACGAGAAGUGGGGAAAAUUUACCAAAAGUCUACUGGCGGUUAGGGAUUCGGUGAAAGAUUCUAUCGAAAUUGAUCCUCGCUUGAAACAGCUCAGUGAAAACAAGAUUAAUGAAUGGCGUGAAUGGUUUGAUCAGCGGUUGGAUAAUGCAAUCGAAGCAGCUGAAACCCAGCAAAACCCACAAAUUGAGAGUUCCUUCCAGAAUCUAUCUGAGUUUAUAUCAGAAUUAUACGGAGCAACCAAAGAAGAACUUCGCAGUACGAAUAUAGUUAACGCUAAAACAAUGACUUCGGAAGAGAGUCGUAAACGAGUAGAAACGCUGCAAACACAAGUAGAUAGUCUGCAGACCGAGAUCAUGAACGUGCAGCUCAAAUACCAACGAGAAAUCGAGAAGCUGGAAAAGGAGAACCGAGACCUGCGCCAGCAGUUUCUGAUUCUAAAAACGAACCGAAAGCAACCACCAAAAAAACGCAUCAAAAAGUCGCUGAUCGAUAUGUACUCGGAGGUGCUAGAUGAGCUGUCCGGGUAUGACACCAGCUACAGUACCGCGGACCAUCUGCCUCGGGUCGUAGUCGUGGGUGAUCAAAGCAGUGGCAAAACUUCAGUGCUAGAAGCGAUCGCACAGGCUCGAAUUUUCCCUCGUGGAAGCGGAGAAAUGAUGACCCGAGCGCCGGUCAAGGUAACCCUUUCGGAGGGUCCCUAUCAUGUGGCGCAAUUUCGCGACUCCGAUCGCGAGUAUGAUCUAACGAAGGAGAGUGAUCUGAUCGAGUUGCGUCGAGAUGUGGAAAUUAGGAUGAGAAACUCGGUACGAGGCGGAAAAACCGUUAGCAUGGAUGUGAUUUCUAUGACAGUCAAAGGUCCCGGCUUACAGCGGAUGGUGCUGGUCGAUCUUCCCGGUAUAAUAUCGACACAAACGGUGGAUAUGGCUGCCGAUACGAAAGAUUCGAUCAAACAAAUGACAGAGCAUUACAUGAGUAAUCCGAAUGCAAUUAUUCUGUGUAUACAGGAUGGUUCGGUGGAUGCCGAACGGAGCAAUGUAACUGACAUGGUUUCAAAGUGCGACCCGCUUGGAAAGCGAACCAUAUUUGUGCUAACUAAAGUUGACAUGGCUGAAGAUCUGGCGGAUCCGAAUCGAAUUCGAAAGAUUCUGUCGGGUAAAUUGUUUCCCAUGAAGGCACUGGGAUAUUUUGCUGUCGUUACCGGCCGAGGACGAAAAGAUGACACAAUCGAAACGAUUCGAGAGUACGAGGAGAAGUUCUUCAAGAAUUCUAGACUGUUCCAAAGCGGCGUCACAAUGUCCCAUCAGGUUACGACUAGGAAUCUUAGUCUAGCGGUAGCUGACCGCUUUUGGAAGAUGGUUCGGGAAACGAUAGAACAGCAGGCGGACGCAUUUAAAGCUACAAGGUUCAAUUUGGAAACGGAAUGGAAAAACAAUUUCCCCAGAUUACGCGAAUCUGGUCGUGAUGAACUGUUCGAGAAAGCCAAAGGAGAAGUAUUGGAUGAAGUAGUGAAUCUAUCCCAAGUUUCGGCCAAAAAAUGGGAAGAACUCAUGAAUGAUAAGCUUUGGGAGAAACUAUCCAAUUACGUGUUCGAAAACGUUUAUCUCCCAGCAGCACAAUCCGGUUCGCAAAAUUCCUUCAACACUAUGGUAGAUAUUAAGUUACGCCAGUGGGCUGAACAAGCACUACCGGCCAAAUCGGUUGAGGCAGGUUGGGAAGCUUUGCAAAAAGAAUUUCAACAUCUCAUGGAAGUAGCGCGCAAAACGCCGGAUCACGACGAUCUAUACGAUAAUCUGAAAAGCGCCGUGAUCGAUGAAGCAAUCCGACGACAUUCGUGGGAAGACAAAGCGAUCGAUAUGCUACGAGUUAUUCAACUGAAUACCCUGGAAGAUCGUAACGUACACGAUAAGUCGGAAUGGGACCAAGCGGUACGCUUUUUAGAAACGUCGGUAAAGGAAAAAUUGCAAUCAACAGAGCAAACGAUCAGUGAAAUGUUCGGUCCAUCAACGACCCAAAAGUGGCUCCAAUGGCGUUCGUCUACGGACGAGCAGAACAAACGGAAGCAUGUGAAAAACGAACUGGACAAAAUACUAUACAGCGAUUUAAAACAUUCACCCACACUGAGCUACGACGAGCUGACAACGGUGCGGAAAAACCUUCAGCGAAGCAAUGUAGAAGUCGAGACGGAUUACAUCCGCGAAACGUGGUAUCCAAUCUACAGACGACAUUUCCUCAAGCAAGCCCUGAGCCAGGCCUACGACUGCCGCAAAGCAUACUACCUGUACACUCAGCAGGGAUCGGAAUGCGAGGUUAACUGCAGUGACGUUGUACUGUUCUGGCGGAUCCAGCAGGUCCUUAAAGUUACUGCCAACGCGCUCCGCCAACAGGUUAUUAAUCGGGAAGCUCGCCGUUUGGACAAGGAAAUCAAGGAGGUUCUUGACGAGUACGGUGAAGAUGAUGAUAAGAAGCAGCAGCUACUGACUGGAAAACGUGUUACUUUAGCUGAGGAACUGAUUCGAGUGAGGCACAUCCAGGAGAAACUCGAAGAAUUUAUCAACGCUCUCAAUCAGGAAAAGUGAACUUGUUGCUCUUAGGACUCGUUAUAUCUAGUCUAUCCGAAAAGCAGAGCAUAACCAAUUUCAAAUAGGCUGUCUUAAUGUACUACUUAAGCACUACUCAUUACAUUUAGUACUCUCGAAGUUAGAAGUGCAGAAAAACAAGUAACUAUUCCAGUUAAGCUAUUUAUUACCUAAAAGUUUAUUUUUUCGUUGAUUUAAAAAAAAGCUUUUGGUUUUGAUUAUUGUGAUUGGCUAUUCAACUGCAUCUAGAUUCAUUCGUUUUUAGUUUGCUUGCUAGUUGGCACAUUGGCCCUAAACGGCAGCAUCCUUAGGCAAACCAAUGUGUUGUGACUUAUUUCAUUGUAAAAAUUGCGAUAUAAACAUUUAACGAUUGGUAAUCCUGA